AGUAUUUUUCUGCAAAAAACUUGGAGGGUGCACUAAUUUUAUAAUAUUAGUAUUUAAGUAUUUGAAACUUUUGAAAGUGGUUUAUUAAUAAAAUAAUAAAAUAUUUAAUUCAAAAAUUCAUUUUAUUGAAAUUAAUAAAAUAACAUUAAUGAAUUUAAUUCAAAUUUUGAGAAAAUUGUUUUUCUUUUUAUAAAAGGUUAAGAAUAAUAAGAAAAAAAUGUCAAAUAUUUUACAUUAAACGAAAGUGUUAGUGUUAUAGAAAAAAAAAUUGUGUGAAAAUUUUAUGUCAGUAAUUUCUAUAACUAAAAAUGACAAGUAUACAAACAACAAUUUCAUUUAAUGUACGAAAGAAAUGUUCGUUUUAUGGAAAUAAACAUACCGUAAUAAAGGAAGAUUUUACUAAUGCAACCAUUAGAGAUUCUUCUUAUAAAUAUACCCCAACUGUAAAAAAAGUUAUUACUUUAAGUAGUAGUGAAUCAGAGACAGAUUCAGAUUCAGAUAUAGAAAAUAUAAUAAAGAAUAAUAUAAAUCCCCAUGAUAAUACAAUCAAUAUACAAACUCCUCAAUGUAUAAAAAAAUCAAAUGAAUCUGAUGAAAGUAAUGGUUCUACUCCUCCAAAACAAAGAAGAGUGGAUAAAUCAUUUUCAUUAACAUCUCCACUUACACCUUCUACUCUUUUUGAUAAAUUAAAUUUGAUAUCUUCUCCUGAUAAGGAAGAAAAAUUAUGUCCUAAAAGAUUAUUUGGAUCAGAAAUAUAUCGUAAAGCUCGUAAAGCUUUACAUAGUUCAGUACCUCAAAAUUUACCUGGCAGAGAAAAUGAAUUACAAAAGUUAGAAGAAUUUAUAGAAAAACAUUUGAAAAAUGAAACAUCAGGUUCUUUGUAUGUAUCAGGACCACCUGGUACUGGAAAAACAGCAUGUCUUUCAAAGCUUAUAUCAAAAACUGAAUUUAAAUCAAAAUUUAAUAUAAUUUAUAUUAAUUGUACAACUAUGAAAUCUGCAGCUACAAUUUAUACAAAAAUUAGUCAAGAAUUAGGUUUAUCUACAUCAAAAUCUGGAAGAAACAGUAAAGUAGUUAUUGAAAAAUAUUUAAUUUCAAACCAUAAAAUGUUGCUAUUAAUUUUAGAUGAAAUAGAUCAAUUAGAAAGUAAAAAACAAUCUGUUUUAUAUUCUAUUUUUGAAUGGCCAUCAAUAAAUAAUUCAAAAUUAAUUUUAAUUGGUAUUGCCAAUGCUUUAGACUUAACAGAUAGAAUAUUACCUAGAUUACAAACAAGAUGUGAAUUAAAACCAACAUUGAUUCAUUUUUCACCAUAUACAAAACAAGAAAUAUAUAAUAUAAUAUGUGAAAGAUUAAAUGAAGCAAAAGCAUCUGAUUUAUUCACUAAAACUGCAAUACAUAUGUUAUCUGGGAAAGUUGCUGCUGUUUCUGGUGAUAUUAGAAGAGCAUUAGAUAUUAGUAGAAGAGUAAUAGAGCUUACUGAAUCUCAUAAAUUAGCACAAAUUUUACAACCAUCUAAUGAGAUAAAUAUGACUAAAAAGCAACAGACUACUAUAGAUCAGCCAGUAGAUUUGAAAGAUGUUAUCACAGUCUUAAAUGGUGUUUAUGGUGGAUCUCAAAAUAUUGAAAAAGAAGAAAGUACAUUUCCUUUACAACAAAAAUUAUUAUUAUGUUCCCUCUUGCUUAUUUUAAAUAAAGGGCGAAAUAAAGAUAUAACAGUGGGAAGAUUGCAUGAAGUAUACAAAAAAGUGUGUAAGAAACGGAAUAUUCAUGCUGUUGAUGCGUCUGAAUUUUAUAAUUUAUGUUCAUUGAUAGAAACCAGAGGUAUCUUAAAAUUAAUGAGAAAAAAAGAAUCUCGUUUGGCAAAAAUAAAUUUGGAGUGGGAUCAAGAAGAAUUAGAUGCAACAUUACAAGAUAAAAAUAUGAUGGCAGAAAUCAUUAAUGACAUUACUUGUUUAUAGAUAUUAUUUAAACAGUUAGGUGUCUUUUUAUAUUUUUUAUAAAUCUUAAAAAAAUAUAUUGCAUUUACUUAACAAAUAGUGAAUAUUUCAAAAUAGAUUGUCAAGAUUGCAGCAUGUAAUUUUAUAUUAUAUUUUUACGUUAUAAUUAAUAUGUUUAAAAUAACUUGUAUGUUGUACACUUAAUGUAAAAAUAUGAUAAUUUAUAUCUUUUUAAUUUUCUCAUAAUGUUGCAUCUUUUUAAAUUUUUAUAAUUAAACAAUUUACAUUUUUGUUUUAAAUUUUAUUUCAUGAACAUUUUCUUAUAUUUUAUAAUUAUUAAUUAUAUUUAUUGAUAUAUAAUUUAAUUGUAUAAAGAAAACUACAUGUGAAAUAAAAGAAUAUAUAUAAAAAUAUAAUACGAAUAUUGUUUUUCCUCAAAACUGCCAUCUACUGGUAAAUGUCAACAUUUACGAAAUGCUUUUCAUUAUUCCGUUUCUUUUAAUGGUGUUAGAAGUUUAAGUUUUUGGAAUAUCAUGUCUUCGGUACUUGUACCUGAAAUUCCUGCGCCUGGAUUUUCUUUUGAUCUUUGUCAACG